AUGUCAUCAUUAUCCUAAUAAUUCGAACUUUAGCAUAGAGAUUCAAUUUAAGAAUCCUUGUUGAAUGAAUCAUCAAUUUAUAAUUAAGAUGAUUAUCAUUUAGAAAGCUCACAAAGCAUUUCAAAUGGAAAAUAAUUUUAGAAUAAAGCCAAAUUGGCUAUGGAAGAAAGAGCAGAGAAGGAAUAACAAUAAUCACAACAGUAUAUUUUAGAGAAAAUCCGAUAACUAUAUAAUGAUAGUUUAGAAGGUGUAUCAUUGAAAUUGAGUACAUCUUAUAUUAUAUUGUAGACAUAUUGUAUUAAUUACCAAUUUUGAGACCUAAACAAAUAAUUUUAUGGAAACUAUUUAUCAAUCUAUUAACUUUAUUUGUGUUUUUUGAGGUUCCUGUUUAUAUAGCAUUUGGAUAAGGAUUUUGGAAGGUAUAACAAUUUAUAUAAUUUAAGGAAUUGGAUACAGAAAAAUAAGUUGCUGCAUUGUAUUAUUCAAUAUCUCUUUUUCUUGUUAUAGAUAUGGGUUUAGAUUUUAUAACUGCUUAUUAUAAACAUGGAGUAGUCAUAACAGACAGUCGAAAAAUAGCAAUAAAUUAUCUAUAUGGGAAUUUCUUUUUUGAUCUUACAGCAGUAAAGCUUUAUUAUAUAAUAAUAGUUAAUAAUCUCAAUUGCUAGAUUAUCUCUAUUCACUCCUAAUUUUAGAUUUAUAUUUUUAAUGUUUUACUUUAAAUUACCUUCAUUUUUAAGAUUUGAUGAUUAGUUGAAUGAAAUGGUAUUACUUUAUAGAAGAACGAGAGUUUUUUAUGAAGUUGGAAAAAGAGUUAUUUUUAUGUUUUUUGCUUUCAAUGUAUUUUUGUGUGUUUUUUAUAUUAUUGGAUUACAUAGUGUAGCAUCAAAUUAUAAUUCAUGGUUAACAAAUUCAGGUAAUUUUGGAAUUAUAUUGGAUCGACCAUUGCAUGAAAUAUAUUUUUUUGGAUUUUAUUUUUCAUUGGGAACAGUCUCUACUACUAUGGGUUAUGGUGAUAUAGUAAAUAUUUAAUUAAAUUGAUUAGUCUCCUAUGAAUAUAAUAGAAUGUUCUUGGUCUCUAUUAGGAGUAAUGUUUGGACUAAUUAUUUUUGCAAAUAAUAUCAACUCUUUUUAAAAAAUGAUGGAAGAAUAUAAUUUAAAUGAUCUUAAACAAUUUAAAUAUAAGGUAAGCAUAAAUAAAUUUAUGGAAUAAAAAUAAGUAUCAUCUGAGUUACAGGAAAUAAUUAGAUAAUAUCUCAAUGAAUAUUGGCAUUAAUAAGGACUUAGAGAUUAAGAACAAGAGAUAUUGGUAUUUUAAAUGUUGGCUCCUGAAUUAAAAUAAGAAUUAAUGUAUUAAUCUUAUGGAUAAUUUUUAUAAACAACAUUUUUCUCAAAAUAUUUUUCAAAACCUUUUUUAAAAGAUCUCUCAGAAAAAAUAUCAGAAGUUAAUUAUUCAACAGGUAAUGUAAUAAUUGAAGCUGGUGAUUCUAAUGAUGAUUAAAGUUUUUAUUUUAUAUAAAGUGGAACUGUAAUUAUAAAAUGUGGUAAUUCAGAAGUUGUAAAAAAGAAAUUGAUAAAGGGAGAUAGUUUUGGUGAAUUUGCUUUUAUGACAGGUAUUAUAUAUUAUUAUUUAAAAUAAAAGGAUAAGCAAGAACAGCUACAGCCUAUUCUUAAGAAUAUAGUUAAUUACAUAAAAUAUCUAGAAAUGAUUUCUUGGAUAUCUUAAAACAUUAUCCUGAUGAUUAUGAAAUAUUUUGUAAAUUGAGAGAUGAAUUGAUUUUUUCAUAACAUUUUCAAUCACUUGGAUAAUUUUGUUGGACUUGUCAUAAAUUUGAUCAUUAUGCAUAUUCAUGUCCUUUUACUCAUUAUAUUCCUGAAGUUUAAGACUUAGUUGAAAAUGCCACUAUUUUAAAUUCAAAUCAAGAUAGAAUGAAAAUUUAAAGAUAUGAUAGAAAACAUUGGCCAACAAGAACUAAUCAAAAGACCUUAGUAAAUGGUUUGAAUAAAUCAAAAAUUAAGAAAUUUGCUAAUGUUAUGGUACUUUAUAAUUAUAAUUGAAUUAGUUGAAAACAGUAAAAAAUAUCAAUAUGCAAAAAUAAUCUCCUCUCAAAAAGUAAUCGAGUAUCCAAUAAAGUGCUUAAUCAUUUGGAUUAGAUUCUGAAUCAAAAUUAGAAUUUAAUAAAUCUGAAUCAAUAUAAGAUGAUUCCCUAAAAAUAAAUUAGCAAGAUGAUGGUGAUAUUUCUUAAGUUUAAUUGACAGAGUAAAAGGAUGUUGAAAAGAAUAAUCUAUCAUCAUUAUAAAAUAAACUUAAUCAAUACAGAGAUUAAUAGCAAUAUUAAAUCCAUUAAGGUUUAGAUUAUUUUGAUGAACCUUAGAAUUUCAAAUAUUAUUAGAAAAAAUUCAAUUAUUCAAAUUACAAAGUUUUCCAAGGAUUUAAAGAAUCUUAAAUGAAAAAAUAAAUAAACAUUAGAAAAUCAUUUAUGCCAGGAACAUACACUUGA